AUGGAUCACAGGGCUGAGGAGAAAAGAAAGCAGCGCCAUAGCUUGACUUUAUUGGAACAAGUAAAGAGAAUGAAAGAAUCAACGGAGAUAACUGAUGUUGUGCUAAUUGCAGAAGGUGAGAAAUUCCCCUGCCAUAAGGUGGUGCUGGCUGCCUUCAGUCCCUAUUUCAAAGCCAUGUUUACCUGCGGCUUGGCUGAAUGCACGCAAAAAGAAGUGGUACUGUACGACAUCUCUGCAGAGAGCGUGUCCGUAAUACUCGAUUACAUGUACAGUGCAGAUUUGCACCUCACUAAUCAGAAUGUGCAGACUGUUGCGCUUGCUGCGUAUUUCAUGCAGAUGGAAGAUGUUUUCAGUAUGUGUCAGAAGUACAUGAUGGACCAUAUGGAUGCUUCCAACUGUGUGGGCAUCUACUACUUUGCAAACCACAUUGGGGCAGAAGAUUUAUCUGAUCAAGCGAGGAAAUACUUGUAUCAGCAUUUUGCUGAGGUGAGCUUACAGGAAGAAAUAUUAGAGAUUGAAUUCCAGCAGCUGUUGACGCUCAUAAAAUCAGAUGAUCUGAAUAUUUCCAGGGAGGAAAGCAUUCUGGACCUCGUCAUUAGAUGGGUCAAGCACAGCAGAAAGACACGUGUAGAGCACCUUAUCGAGCUCCUGAAGCAAGUGAGACUGGUACUUGUCAGCCCUGCCUUUCUCGUGGAAGCCCGGAAAAGGAACACAAUGAUCCUGUGCAACUCAGAAUGCAAUGAUAUGUUUGAGGAAGCACUGGAAACCAUCAAGCUAUCCAGCCGCCCUUCUCUCAACCUGCGAUACGGCAUGGAGACUACUGAUCUCUUACUCUGCAUCGGCAACAAUUCUCUCGGCAUUAGGUCAAGACAUGGUAGCUACGCAGACGCCAGUUUUUGUUAUGCUCCUGCGACACAAAAGACUUACUUCAUUUCCUCUCCAAAGUAUGGAGAGGGGUUAGGAUGUGUUUGCACUGGUGUUGUCACUGAGAAUAAUGAUAUUAUUGUGGCAGGAGAGGCAAGCGCCGUCAAAAUGUCUAGACAAAAGACCAGGAACAUCGAAAUUUAUAGAUACCACCAGCGAGGAAACCAGUUUUGGCACAGCCUGUGCACCACUCAGCUGCGUGAACUCUAUGCAUUGGGCACUAUCCAUAACGAUCUCUAUGUAAUAGGAGGGCAAAUGAAAGUGAAGAAUCAGUUUCUGGUCACAAACUGUGUGCAGAAGUAUUCCAUGGAGCAAGGCACCUGGAGAAGCACGGCGCCUCUUCCAGUACCGUUAGCCUGCCAUGUGGUGGUGACGGUGAAGAACAGGCUCUACGUGCUGGGUGGCUGGACACCACAG